AAAUCCCAUUUUCCCCAGAGAAUUUAUUUAGAAAAGAAAAUCAACAGACGUAAAAUCCCCCAAAAAGUUGUAAUUCAAAAACCCUAAAUUGGAAAAAAAAAUUCUCUCCCAUUGGGUUUACAGAUUUCUUGCCAUAAAAAAAAGGGGAGGUUCAGAGAUUCUCAUCCAAAAGAACUCUGAUUUCUCUGACUUUUUUUUUUUUUAAUAUUUCUGUGAACUGAUCACAUUGGGACGCCAUAAUUGAGUGCGAGGUGCUGAUGAGGUUUUCUUCGCUAACAUUGAUGAAUUGAAACUCUUAAAUAAGUUCAAUUGGUGUCGUUUUGCUUUCUGGGUUCUCUCGAGAACAUUCGUUGGAUUUAUGCUGGGCCCUUUUCUUUCUUUUCACCAUGGUGACUAUUUGUCAGAAAUGUGGUGACAGAGGCUGGACUGAGCUUUUGAUUUUUUGUCGUGCAUGCCAGGCUUAUGCUGUGCAUCGUUAUUGCUUAGAUGUAUUACCAGCAACUUUUGAUGAAUAUGCGGAAUGGUUAUGUGAGGAUUGUGAACCAAAGGUUGCAACAUCAUCCUUUCUUGACAAACUUAGCCCUUUCCAGGUCAGCGAAAACGACACUGAAAGUUUUGAAAGUGUAAAAGUGAAGAAAAGGAAUCAUGUCAAUAAAUUGAAAAAGAAAUCUAAGAGAAAAGUUAAAUCUUGCUCUAAGUCAAGGGUUUUGGAACGUAGGAAAACCUCCUUUCUUCAUCUUAAUGAGGUGCUUUGCUCAAAGAAUAGUGAGAAAGAUCAGGAGUUUGCGAGACAAAAUGGAAUGGAUGAGUGUGGCUUGGAUGAAGCAGUUGAAUCUCUUAAAAGGAAAAACUGUCGACCGAAUGUUGUUGACCUUCAAUUGCUUGAGAUGAAUUGCUGUAAGGAUGGAAAGAAAGAUGAGAAGCAUGGAAGGAAACAUGAUUUCAAUGAGAGCAGCUUCCAUGAAGAAGCUGAAUGUCUUAAAAUCAAUAACUCUUCAGUGACUAUACCGUUGGAAGUGAAUUAUCCUGAGCCUGGGGAGAUAGAACAAAAAAUUGAAAGAUGGAAUGGUCUUGGGGAGGACUGCUUCAGUGGAGAGGCUGAAAGACCGAAUGGUUUAGGUAAGAGCAGCUUCAAUGGAGAGGGUGAUUCUCCAAAAACCAAGAACACUCAACUGGCUAGGUGUGAUAGUCAUCCUCUUGAGAUGGAUUGCUUCAAGGAUGGAGAGAAAGAUCUGAAGCUUAGGAGACUGAACAAUUUGGAUGAAGGCAGCUCCUGUGAAGUGGCUGAACCUUGCAGGACUAACAACUCUCAGCUGGUUGUUUCUUACAUCCCAAACAUUGUAGUCCAUGCGCAGCCGAUAAAAGAUCCUAUUUGGAGGGGAAGCUUGAGCCUUCUGGAAAAAAAAUUUGGUACAGUGGUGGGACUUGUUGCUCAUGUAUCUAGCAUAGCAUGCCCUAAAGCUAGUGAGGAAGCAAAGUCAUUGCCAACAUUGCUUUCACCUGAAUUACUUCCUAGGGCUGCUGUCUGGCCUAAGGGUUUCGAGAAGUCGGGGCCAAAUGAUGACAGUAUUGCUCUUUAUUUUUUUCCAGACAGUGAAAGGAAUGAAAAGGUUUUUGAUAGUCUAGUGAAUGAGAUGAUCAGCCAAGAACUGGCCAUGAGAGUGGAUGUUCAAAAUGCAGAACUACUGAUUUUCACUUCUAGAAUACUGCCAAUGGAGUUUUGGAGAUUCCAGGCAAAAUUUUAUUUGUGGGGAGUAUUCAAGGGAAAGCGAACUUCAAAGGCAGCGGUGGAUGAUAACCCUGGAGAGGGGAAAGGCCUCACGAAGGACUUAACAUGGGAUAGGCGGAGUCCUGUUAGUCCUUUAAGCAAUGGUAGUUAUGGUUGUGGCUCAAUGUAUUCCACACUUGAUCCAUCAAUGCAAUGAUCUGUGUUCUAUAAAUUGCGUAUAGUUAAUCUUUUAUUUUUGCAAUGUCUAUUUCAGCUUUCCACUAGUGGCAGUGCCUCAUAUCCACAUCACAAUGUUGGUCGUGUGGAGCAGUGUGGGGCAACCACUUUUCGUGGAAAGCUGGUUUCUAUAGUCUAUUUUUAGCUUUUAAAUGCCGAAAUAUGGGAAAAUUAAAUAUUUGAUUUUUUUU